AAAUUCUUACAGUAGGUAUAUAGUGUAUAUGUAUAUGUAGAUAAUGGGGAUUUUUAUCCACGAGAAAAUCUUAUCAUUGAGGAAUCCCCAGUCCAUUCCAUUUGAAUGUCAUUUGUAUCAAAGCAGUAACUGAAUUAUAGUGUUUCGUGGGAUCAAGUGAAAUUAAUGUAGGAAAACAUGUAUUUCGCUGUUGUACUAUUCGUUUGCGCUGUUUCUCUUGUGGGUGGUUUGGAAGAAGGCGAUUCGUGCAUUUUAAACAGCACUGGCCAGCAAGGCAUUUGUAAAACGAUACUUAGCUGUCCGAGGGCUUUGGAAGAAAUCAAGCAUCAAAAAUUCCCACAAACAUGUGGCUUCGCUGGAUCUGUACCCAGAGUAUGCUGCGUUGAUAAGCCACCACCCAUCAAAACAACAACUACCACCACAACCCAAAGUACCACCAGUAAAAGAACAACACCACCAACAAAGCCAACUCCACAGAUAUCUUCGAAUGCGAGCUAUAUUAAUCCCUACAAACGGAAUACUCCAGGUUAUAAGAGUUUUGAGAAAUGUCUGGAAUAUUCGAAGCUGGUUUUCACCUAUGAGAAACCACCAAUUUUGAUAAUCGACAAAGAUGAGAUAAAGGAGAACACUUGUGGUUUCAGAGUUGUUCCUCUGAUCGUUGGCGGAGAACCUGCAAACCGUCGAGAAUUCCCUCAUAUGGCUCUUGUAGGAUAUGGCCCAUCGGAUGACACUCAGUGGCUUUGCGGCGGAAGUCUGAUAAGCGAAAACUACGUUCUGACCGCUGGACAUUGCUUGAUAUCCACAGAAUUAGGAAACGCCAGCAGGGUCAGGUUGGGCGUUACAGAAAUCCACAAUCCCAGUCACAGGCAAGACAGGAAAGUGAUAGAUCUGAUCAGGUAUCCGGACUAUCUGCCACCUUCCCUCUACAACGAUAUAGGACUGUUGAAGCUGGAGAAAAACGUAGCCUUCGACAUCUACGUAAGACCUGCCUGCUUGCACACUUCUGUUAAUCCACUGGGUCAGAAGGCCAUCGCUACGGGUUGGGGCAGAACUGACUUUGUGGGAUACUCGAGCGAUCAAUUACUGAAAGUCACCCUUGCCCUGUCAGAUCCAGUCGCUUGCUAUGAUUCCUUCACAAAAAUUUCAAAGCUAAGGCUGGAGAGGGGUAUUGAUGAUAAAAUUAUGGUUUGCGCCGGAUCUGUCGGUCAAGAUACAUGUCAGGGUGAUUCUGGAGGACCCCUCCAAAUCUACAGCCCCAUCGAUUGCAUGUAUGAAGUUAUUGGAGUGACCUCCUUUGGAAAAGCUUGUGGCAUUGGAAAGAAUCCAGGAGUAUAUACGAGAGUAUCUCAUUUUGUCGACUGGUUGGAAAAAGUGGCAUUUCCAUAAAGAAAUUGAUGGAAUGAAUGUGUUCGAUGAAAACCUACCUAAGACGUAGAAUAAUUUAAUUUUUUCUUUUUAUUUUUUACUUAAUAUUAUACGAAUGCUUGUUGUUUUAAAUAAACUGUUAAUACGA